AUGGAGGAAACCACCCGAGAGGCACUUCACCUUGUGAUCGUCACCUCAACAGGCACCAAAGUGCCUGCAUCCCAAGGGUUGCGUUGCUAUGAGUGCCUGGGGGUCACACCUGAGACUUCUUGCCCAGCAGCUACCUGCCAAUAUCAUGAAGGGACGUGCAUCACUCAGGAGGUGGAAGCCAUUGUGGAUUCUUACAAAGUGAGAAGACAAAACAAGUUCUGCCUUCCUGUCUGCCCUGAAGAUCAGAGUAAUCUUGGAAAUAUCCCGUUCCUUGGCACCUCCAUCAGCUCCAAGAUUUCCUGCUGUAAGAAAGACCUCUGCAAUGCAGGAGUUCCCACUGGGGCCAGCAUCUGGACCCUGGCAGGAGUGCUUGUGGUCAGCCUGGGGUCAGUCCUCCUGCAAGCCUUGUUAUGAGGGUCCUUCCUGCUUCUCCCCUGCCUCAUUUUUGUAUCCCAGCAUGUAACCACUCCUUCCCAGGGCCCUCUAGUGAUGAAUUGUGAGUUUUAAAAACCCUGAGGUGGGGGUCAGGAUGUGGGCCACCUUGCUUCAACUUCAUAUUCCCUGCUGGGUAGGUGUCCCAGCCCCUUACCAGGUCUUUCAGAGCUGCACCUCCAGCAUGCCAUUUGGUUGUGGCUUGCUGUCCUUGGCCCAGGGAAGGGGUGGGAUUCCAAGGCACUGUGCCACCACUGUCCACACGUAAAUCUCUGGGCUUGUGCAGGCUUCCCACACAUGCUGCUCAAAGCCCUCCCAGUUGAGUCCAAUAAACUCUUUGUUCUCCCAACCAAGAGGUCCACUCUCCUUUUGCCACACUGAGUCUACUGAGUCCUGACUGCCGGCCCCCAUCUCUGCCCUUUCAGCCAGCCCCACAGCUAUCUCCUGUUACCCAGCUCAGAGUAGGAUAUCCCUUGGUCUGGAUGGUCUUCCCUCAGGGCUGAUACUGGGGACACAGAGAGGGUUUCUCCAUUUCUUAGGAGCACUUGUUUGUGCUGGGGAAGGGGUCUGCCUAGGAGAUGAGCCCUCAAAGGUGAAUAGGUACUGCCCUGCCAGGUUCUUUGAGUGCAGAGGUGGAAGCCAUUUACUGCAGGGGCGCAUGGCCUGGCUCAGAGCACCCAAAGACUCACUGUGCCUCUUCCGGAGUCCCAGUCUAUAUUGGAUGCCGCCACUGGGAAGGCCUGACUUGACACAGUGGGAUAACCAGGGAUCCAUCGUUGCUCUGUCCUUCUGUCCUUGAGAGGUCACUGCCCCAGAGACAAUCAGAACCCAUAUGGUUAACACCACAGGAGUGGAAUAUGGGCCGCACCCUGGAAACUUGGGUGCUGUGAAUAUUACUCCCCACCCUUGAAGGUCCUGAAGAUCUGAGAUUUUUGUCAAGGUGAAGAUCCUCUAAGGUAGAGCUAUUACCUAACUAGGGAAGCCCUUGUACCUGCAGCCUCCUGUCCUGGGACAAGCAUAGAUCCAGGAAUGUGGCCUAGGUGCUGGUUGGGAUGUGAACCUUGAGUAGAGAUUCUGGAACUUUUCUUCCAGAAGGCUUUGUUUCUGUUGCAGUCUCUUCUGGCCUCUGCCUCCAAAGUGCUAGGUUUGUAGGUGGCUAACGGAAGAUAAGGCCCAUGAGGCUGAGAGAUGAGCCAACCUGGAGUCUGCCUGAGGGCCUAGCAACAGGUGCUGUCAGAGGUCCUGAUUGUGCCUAGCCAAUGAGGGGCGACCGUGCAAUGUCACCGGAUCAGGAUGCAGCCUGGGUGCUGGGAGGAGGGUACAUAAGGCUCUCCCCAUUGCUGAAUA